CUUACAAGCCCGCGCUCGACAACAUCCUCAAGGCUCAAAAAUGGUCCGCUACGCCGCCGCCGCUCUCGCCACCAAUCCCGAAAAAACCGCCCGCGCUCGGGGCGAGUACCUCCGUACGCACUUCAAGAACAUGAGGGAAGUUGCUGCAGCCCUCACAGGCUUGAAGCUGACCAAGGCAUACACCUAUCUAUCUGAUGUCUCGGACCAUAAGCAAGUCAUCCCUUUCCGUCGGUUUGCUGGUGGUGUCGGACGGGCCAGCCAAGCCAAGCAAUUCAAGGCAACCCAGGGUCGUUGGCCCGAGAAAUCCGUCAAGUUCAUCACUCGCCUCCUCAAAAACGCAGAGUCAAAUGCAGACGCAAAGAGCCUAGAGCUCGAGGACCUCUACAUCAAGAACAUCGGCGUUCAGCAAGCACCUAAAACCCGCCGCCGCACGUACCGUGCACACGGUCGUAUCAACCCUUAUCAAGGCCACCCAUGCCACGUCGAGAUCAUUCUGGGGGUUUCGGCUGAGGAGGUCGAGCGGAGCAAGGACAAGGACGCUGUCGGCGUAUCAUCCUUGUCAUCGUUGAACCGGAGACAGGUUGCCAGAAGGAGAAUCGAAGCUGCACGCGCUUAAUGUAAUUCUCACAUAUUUCGACACGGCUGGUGAUGCGACGAUAUGCGACAGCACAAAGGCCAUGUUUUGUAUGCACCUAUGCAUAUGUUAUGACACCACACAAUCUCAUCCGAAUCGCAUUCAAAACCGUUACAUUUAGCAAGGAAACG